UAUUGCUUAAUAUAUUGUAUUCGAAACUAAAAUAGAAAAUGUUGUUCGGUUUAGUGUAUUUGACAUGGUUCGAUACCUUAACAGUUACAUUGUCAAUUUUGGCAAUUGUGAUUAUACAAAUAAUAAAUUCAAUUUUGGCCACAGAUAAAGAUACUACGACACAAGCCACUACAGCAAUUAAUGGAAUUUUACGAAAACAAAACAGUGAAUAUUCCGAAGAUUUGCCAUCAAACAAUGUGAACACAUCUCCCCCUGUAUCUGCACGUAAUUCCAUUAGUUCUCCACUUAAUGGUAGUAUUCCACAGACACCCAGUUCGGAGACACUAAGUGAUGAAUACCACGAGGAUGAAGACACACUCUCAUUGGAGAAUCUCUUUCCGUGCGAUCAAACGGAAAUUUAUGCUUCCAAGAAAAUAAGUUUCAUCAUCGAUGAGCUCAUACAAACCGAGGUGAACUAUUUGAACAAUCUGCGCAAAGGCUUGCAAAAUUAUGGCAAACUGCAUGAGCGUCAGGAUUUGCCAGAGGCUUUGAAAGGCUCGGCACAAAACCAAAAUUUAUUAGGAAAUAUUGGCGAGAUCAUGUCACUGCACGAAGAGCAAAUAUUGCCAAUGAUGCUGCGAAAUCAACGAGACUUGAAGUCUUUAUUUGAUGAGUUUGCGGUUUAUUUUGAUAAAAAUCACUUCUACUGUUAUGUGAUAUAUAUGAUCAACAAAAAGACAUCGAUGGAACUAUGUAAGGAGCAACGUGAAUGGUUCCAGGGUUUACAAACUGAAAUCAAUGAUAAAUUGGGCAUUGAUAGUUUCUUGGUACAGCCCAUACAAAGACUGACCAGAUAUCCUUUGCUUCUGCAGCAAUUCAUAUCUGAAUUCUAUAAAAGUGGUAUUAGCUGCAAGCCUGUAUUGGUUUCCGUUUGUAAAUUAGAAACGCGUAUGCGUCGCCUGUUAGAAGUAGUAAAUCAAGCAGAAGAAAUAUCCUAUAUAGAAGAUAUAAACGAGUUGAAUCUUUUAGAACAAGGUAACUUCCGCAAAUCAACAGAGCUCGACGCAUACAAUCAUCGUUCACGUAAAAAGCACCGCGCAAAAGUAUUCCUUUUCGAUCGCUGCCUAGUUUGUGCCGAAAUACGUAAGAAAAGACUAACCUAUCGCCAACAUUAUGCUUGGCCCUCUGUUGAUCUACAGCUGAAUAACUCUAAAAGUGUUACUCUACUACUUAAGGCGAAUACCAAGGAGGAAUAUGAGUUCUCUUCACCGGAAGCGACUUCCAUAACUGCUUGGAUGCGCUUCGUGCUUAGAGUUAUGGAAACCUCACGCAUUUUAGCGGAAAGAGAAGGAAAAUUUUCAUUACCAAUGGACCUGGUAUUGUUUGUAGCUCUUGCGGUUUGGCUGAUAUGGCACUAUUUGUAUUAGUUUUUAUUGGGGUAGUCAUUCGGGGGGUCAAAACUAACUAUAUAUUUUAUGUUUAUUAUUAAGUCUCCUAUAAUAGUGAAAAUGUAAAUAUUUUAAGUUAUUAUA